AUGGAUCAGUCCUCACAAUUUUUAUCUGAGACAGAUUCCUCUCACAUUCUCAAUCAGAAACAACAACUCCACCACACGAUGAUGGCUCCUCCUCAAAUUGACAUUGUCGAGACUUUGUUUCGCGAAGCUGCCCGUAUCAACAGCAGCGCCGUGAUCGAAGCAGCGAGGGGAAACGCUGCCGAUGCAAGCUUGAUCUUUCGCCAUGCUCUCGAGGUGAUCAGUCACAUUAAUGUAGAAGGACAGGAUACUCCAGCGAUGGAGGCAACUCGUCGCUCCAGGAAUUUCUCUGGUCUGCAAUUGCAGCUAUCGAGCGAUGAUGACGGCUUUUGUGUUUACAACAUGCUCCUGACGUUUGAACAGGCUGCUCGGCCAACCAGCGCAAUGGAUCUUUCAGUAUACAGCUCUGCCAUUAUUUUCAACUUGGGUCUUAUCUUCCACCAACAUGCCGUGGAUAUUGGAUCCAUCAAGUUCUACCAAGCCGCUGAUCGCAUGUACGAAAAAUGCUUGAACAUCCUUCAAGCAUUUCCAGCCUUUUGUGAUCCGGACAUGGAUACCUUGCUGCUGGCAGCAUUGAACAACCGAACACACAUUGGCUUCAAGAUGGGUACCUUUGACAGUGAAGACCAUUCCUUGACAAAGAUGCGCGAGAUUUCCUGCAUGCUACUUUUCUCCCCUGACGCUACCAUGCCACGACAUGUGGAAGCGUCCAUGGUCAAUGAAAUCCUCAUCAACUCUAUGCUUUCUGGUCCUGGUUGCGCUGCAUGCGCCUAAAACCCUUCCUCCUCCUGCCUCCUGGCUGACCAGGCCAAGCAAAAAAACCAAUGAUUUAGCACUAUUGCCACCCACCUUUUCGGUUGGAACCUCUAGUCGGGCAACGUGCAUCUGCAUAAUUAGCAAUGACAUCUUUUACAUAACUCAUGACUAAAUACUUUCAUAAUGAAACUUGACAACAAUAGUACUGGUCGUUACGGCUCA